CCGCCUCACCUCUGCUGUUGUCACCGAGUCGCAAGUCUAGCGUGCUUUCCUAUUGGAUUAUUUCGCCACAUCGUUAUUAUGGGCGUGGAGGCGAUAGAGCCCUAGAAACCCCUUGCUUGGCUAGAAAUAAAGAAGGUUUUGCGUAAGAAAAUUCGAGGGAUCUCGAAGCACAGCGAAACAGAAAUUGUAGACUAUUUUAUCGCAUACACACGGAAUGAACACGCAAAAAUUCAUGUUCAGCCGCGGGUUCGGACAAAUGAGGUCUCUCACAAAAAGACAACGCAAAGCGUUAUUUAUUCUUUAAGGACGCCAGGAGACAAAUCGAGGCAAAUGGUGGUCUACUGAUCUGUCGAGAUGGCUUUCCAGGGAAAAGAGCAACGGUGUUAACUUCAGAUGACAUCAGAUGGAAAGUGGCAUUUGAUUUAUGGUUAUUAGUAGCAGACUAGCUGCGGAUGUAAUUACAAGCCAUUUCAUUGAAGUCGGCGAACUGAAAAGGCUACAGAUUCUGGCCGUCAUCUUCAUUUCAUUAGCUUAGGCUGGCAGCUUGAACGUUUGCCGGUGCUGACUGGGCAUUAGAGGUAGACUGUGCGCGUGCAUGUACGCACCUGCCUAAAUUAAGCUAGCUGUAAUUGCGCCAAAUUAUCACUCAUUUAUUUUUGCGCAGGCAGCGUAAGCGAAACGAUAGCUGCGUGCGUGUAUAUACAGCAAGGCGUUCCGUGCUUAUUGAGUACAUUUCCAGAUCAAUUCAAGUUGUUAAGCCUAGAUAUUGUUCCUUGGGAAAGUGCGAAAUCGUCCCAUGUUGCACUGCGCCAGAGCGCGCACGCUGCAUGAACUCGGCCGCUGCGCCUCCAUGGUGGAAACGACGCUGCUUCACGUGAACUGGAAACGCUGUUAGAAACACGCUUCGGAGAAGCUCAAUUAGCAUGGAGACCGGCAGCGGACCCAAACCCGCUGACGGCCCCUCGAUCUCCAAGUGUCCCUCCGUUCCCAAUUCGCAGUGCGAGCUCAACGGGAACAUUUAUGAGUCCGUCAGCGAGGGCAACGUCAAUAUGAUGGACGGCUCGGGCGCGGUGCGCGGUGGAAGCGACCCGAGCGCUUAUCCGCCGCCCUCGAGCUACCUGCGAGUCUCCGGUCGCCAGCGCUUCAUCCGGAGGAGUUUGUGGUUUGCCGACGACGAGCAGGCGCACGAGGCUCCGGAAUACGACGUGCGGAGUGACAUGGCCACCGUAUGUCUGCGAACAAUCGUGGACCGGACCAGGGGCGCUUGGUCAAGCUUGCAGGAAGGCUCGAGCACUGAGAGUCAGGCUGGACAAAAGGACAGCGCCACGGAAAGCACGAGCGCAGACGAGGAUAAGGACAGGGCCGGUUCUAGUGUGAUUACAGGUGCACCAAACGGCGGAAAAAGCAGCAUGAAGACCGCGAGCGAAGAGAACGAAGAAGAGGCCGAGAUGAAGGCUGUCGCCACCUCUCCCAGUGGCCGUUUUCUCAAAUUCGAUAUCGAGCUCGGUAGAGGCUCUUUCAAAACCGUCUACAAGGGCUUAGACACGGAGACCUGGGUGGAAGUGGCGUGGUGCGAACUCCAGGACCGGAAGCUGUCGAAAGUGGAGAGACAACGCUUUAAAGAGGAGGCUGAGAUGUUGAAGGGUCUGCAACAUCCAAACAUUGUACGGUUCUACGACUUCUGGGAAUCUCUGCUCAAAGGAAAAAAAUGCAUCGUUCUGGUGACAGAACUCAUGACCUCAGGGACAUUAAAAACCUAUCUGAAGCGCUUCAAAGUGAUGAAGCCCAAAGUGUUACGCAGCUGGUGUAGGCAGAUCCUGAAAGGCCUUCACUUUCUACACACACGUGCCCCUCCCAUCAUCCACCGGGACCUGAAGUGUGACAACAUCUUCAUCACUGGUCCAACAGGCAGUGUAAAAAUCGGAGACCUGGGUCUGGCAACACUUAAGAGAGCCUCUUUUGCGAAGAGCGUCAUUGGCACUCCAGAGUUCAUGGCCCCGGAGAUGUAUGAGGAGCACUAUGACGAGUCAGUGGAUGUGUAUGCCUUUGGCAUGUGUAUGCUGGAGAUGGCCACAUCAGAAUAUCCCUACUCAGAGUGCCAGAAUGCUGCCCAGAUCUACAGAAAAGUCACCAGCGGUGUUAAGCCUGCAAGUUAUAACAAAGUCAAGGACCCUGAGGUCAAGGAGAUCAUUGGCGAGUGUAUUUGCCAGAAUAAGGAAGAGCGUUACUCCAUUAAGGACCUUCUGAAUCAUGCAUUUUUUGCGGAGGACACAGGCGUGCGAGUGGAACUGGCUGAGGAGGAUGAUGGAAGAAAGGCCUCCAUUGCACUCAAGCUGUGGGUGGAGGACUCGCGCAAGUUGAAGGGCAAGUACAAGGACAGCGGUGCCAUAGAGUUUACCUUUGAUCUUGAGAAGGAGGUGCCCGAGGGCGUGGCUCAAGAGAUGGUGGAAUCAGGUUUAUUUCAUGAGAGUGAUGCAAAGAUAGUGGGUAAGUCUAUCCGGGACAGAGUGGCAUUGAUAAAGUGGCGAAGAGAACGGACAGUAACCUCAGCCAUGCAGAGUGGCGUGGCUCAGACAAUGCAAGUCCAGGUACCCCUUGGCUCCGUGCCGACUGUGUGUGAACCUAUUGGCAUGUUAGAGCCUGAGGAAACUGAGGCAGACCAGCAUGCCCAACUGGCCCAACUGAGCAGCAGCACUACCUCUGCUACAUCUGACAGUGGUAUUGGCUCGAUCAUAUACUCUGACUCCCACAGCAGCAGCUUGCACAGUGUCAUUUACCCGUCACUGCAGGAACCCGUUUCCACAGCAGUGCAGCAGUGCCAUGUGACUGGCCGUUUUUUGACAUCUCAUGACCCUGAUUUUGAAGUGUGGUCUUGCUCCCCUGGAGCUGGGUCUAAAACAGGUUUCCGUCGCCAAAGCACCACUGUGAUUGACACUCUCAGAGACCAUUCAUAUAUCCAGUCAGUUUUCCAGCCAGUAAGUCCAGACUCCAACCCAUUACCGCAGUUGGAGUUGAAGGAGAUGAAGGGGAAUGAUUCUUUUACGGCGAAGUUGUUGCUUUCUCCAUUACCAUCUGAUACUCGACGCCAUAGUGACUCAUCAGUGCCGCUUUCACCUGAGAGUGAGUCGGACGGCAUUUUUUCGAAAUCACUGGGGUGUCGAUAUUGUCUAAAUCAUGCCCCUUUGACACCACAUCCCUUGUGCACAUCCUGCCGAUUGCUUUUCUUAUCUAGGACUAGGACAACAAAAAGCUCCAUCCCAUGUGUGUUUGUCCCCACUCCAUGUAUAUGUGGUGACCAACUUGUUUCUCCAACUGGACUUCUACUUGGAGUAGGUGGGCACAGAGGUUCUCUCAGUGAGGACUCUGCCCUGUCAGAGCUUAACAAAUCCCUGGAAAACAUCACAGGCAACAAACAUGUCCCAAAUCCUGCCUUACUAAGAGUCCCGUCAAUGGUGUUCAAAACUGGGCCAUCACGCUCUGUGCGCAGUCACGGUGACGAGAAUGAGUUGACAGAGUCUCUGAGUUCUGAGCAGACGUCAAAGAUGGCAACGCACCGCAGAGCGAGUGUGUGCAUGGGUGACCGUACUGUCAUGUAUCCGUCCAGCACACUGGGUCUUCAGAGCCAGCCAGCAUCAGCUGCGUCUCUACAGGUGCCUGGUCAUCUGCUCCAGCCCUCACAAAGUUAUGUGCAAGCUGUUCCAAACACUGUACCUUUGCAACCUAGCUAUGUGCCAGCAUGCCAGCCUGUGCAGCCACAGACUUUCUCUUCACUGCCCUCCACAGCACAACAGCAAGCAACAAUCAUCCAAUCAGUACAGUCUACACCGGCACAGAGUGCGUCAACUAUACCCCAGAUGGUGAAUGUACAGAGCUGCCCUCUUACAAGACUGUCUGGGCAACCAAUUGCUCAGGCAAAUGCCACGGUCCCACAGAGCUACACUCCUGGUGUUCAGCAACUUGCAAGUACGCACAUUUUACCACCCUUGCAGCAAGCUGAAGCUGGCCAGACAUUGCCAUCAUUGCAGCAAGCCACCCAAAAUGUACUGCCUGAUCAACAGUCUGCCGGUUCAACUGUGCAACAUUUGACGAAUGUCCAGAAUCUCCCAGCCUCGCAGUGCAGUGUGCAGCCCAUUUCAGGCUACAUAGCAGUACAGCAUGCCUCCACUGUGCAGAGUUUCCAGGAAGCUGCAGCACUGAAGCUAAGCAUGCAAGCAUCUCAGAGGGGAGCUCCCAGCCUUCAGCACGGCUUGUCUGGAGCCACAACGAUGGGCCAAGACGAUUCUCUUCUGUCUGGGCAAGCAACAAAACAGAAAGGUCUUCAUGCAGCUGGCAUGAUAGCUGCUGGAAAAUCAGAUUUCAAAGAAUCUGCUAUUCUAACUGCACCUUCACAAACAAGUCACAAGAUUGAAGUUCCAGCCCAACUGGCCCCAACUUCUCAACAGUCUUUAGUGCAAAGUUUUGCUGCUCAACAAGUGCAAAUACAUCAGACUUCCUCGUCUCAGAAGCAAACUCAUCUCACACAGGGAGCUCCCAGCAACAAUAACCAGUCCCAAGUUGGGCUUCCAGCCCUGGUGAGCUCAUGCCAGAGCUCUGCUCCAGUCCAUACCACUCUGACCAUUGCUGUUCCAGUUCAUUCUUCUCAGACAGCUGUCACGGUGGCUCCCCAUGCUACUGCUGUCCCUGGCCACUAUGCACAAACUGCCCCCGCUGCCCAGCUGACAACUUCUGUGCCGAAAGGCAUUGCACCAGAUCCUUUGAGCACUGGGGAGUCUCUGGAUAUGAACCAGGAACUUCAGGCCUCUGCAGUCACCACUAAAAUGACUCAGCAAACACAGCCCAGCAGUAACAUCACGACUCCUCACAUUCAGCAGUGCAGUGAGGGUGGAAGAGGAGCAAGCCAGCCAGCCACUGAAGUAUUUGCGGAGGAGUGUGCUCUAGAUAAGCAGACAACAGUGGCUGCAUAUGACAGUGUGAACUCGGAUGCCACCUCAGGAAAAGAGAUGAGUGAUGGGAAUGAGGGAACGCAUGGUGGAAGGAGCGAGUCGAGGGUCCGCAAACAUCAUCGCAAAUCCUCCCGCACACGCUCCCGGCAGGAGAAGACUGGCAAGCCAAAACUGAGCAUGCUCAACGUGUGUAACACGGGUGACAAGAUGGUGGAAUGCCAGCUGGAGACUCACAACCACAAGAUGGUCACCUUUAAGUUUGACCUUGAUGGAGAUGCUCCAGAGGAGAUUGCCACAUACAUGGUUGAGAAUGACUUUAUCUUGCUGCUUGAGAAGGAGAUGUUCAUUGAGCAGCUGAAGGAUAUAGUGGAGAAGGCUGAGGACAUCCUGAAUGAAGAUGCUGAGGGAGAGAAGAGCUCAGGACAGCUGUCACAGCCUCAUCAGAACCUCAAAGGGGGUUCGGGUUUUGAGGGAGCAAAUCCCCAGCAAACUCAGUCUAAUCAACUGGUAUACCAGCAAAAUGUACUUCACACUGGAAAACGUUGGUUCAUCAUCUGCCCUGUGGCGGAGACCACAAAUAACGGUGAAGACAACAUCACAGCCAAAGACCCAGAGGGCACACCUGCAGCUCAAAUGCAAGACAUUAGCAUAGGCGAAGCCAGACCUCUCCAGAACAAACCACUACUGUCUAACGCCGCCCUCAGUGCCCCUGAACACACCCAAACAGUGGAUGAUCCUCAAAGCACUCAUUCAGCAGGAAUGUCCAUGGUUGCUGACAUACCAUGCUGUCCUAUCGCCCCUCCCACUUCCCAGGCUGAUAUCGUUAAAAAUGUACCCCCUUCACAGCCAGCCAGUCAUGACCCCAACCCUGUCUCAGACACAUCUUUGAGCCAGGUUCAACCAGUAGUGCUUCAGCAGCCAUUUUCCACACCUGUUCCACCUCCUACGCAGUCACAACCUCCGAGCCCUGCCCAUCAAACACAACAAGGUCCUCCUACUACGUCAGGGCCUACCACUUCUCAUACACAGCCAGGGAGUGGACCAGCGGAGUCUGAUGGGGAAGGGCCUCCUAGACUAGAGUUCACCGAUAGGACGAUAAAGACACUUGAUGAGAAACUCAGAAAUCUUCUGUACCAGGAGCAUAAUCCCUCACAAUGUACAAGCUCCACCUCAGAUCCUCCUGGCUCACCUCCAGUAUCAGACAGCCAAAGCAACGAUGGACCACUGAGAAGAGGGGAGGUCCUGCCUCAGAUUCCAGAGAGGGGUGAUAGUCUCGGUACCUUGAGUGACUCUGCUGUUGCCCCCUUAAAUAGGCAGUUGACAACUGAUUUAGAAGGCAACUCUGAUGGACACCGUACCUCGAAAAGCCGUUUCCAGGUUGUUCCAACGGCACCAGAUAUUGUCCAGAGUUUGGAGUGUGGCAGAAAGAGCAGAACUUCCUGCAGUUCUGCAGCACCUGGCCACACAGAAGAAGAGGCUGCAGUGACCACAAAUGUUGGAGUUUCCACUGUAAAUGAGAAUGGAGGCCAAACCAUGCAAAUGCGCCAUAGUAAUCGUUAUUCAGCUCCUCCAAACCUCUAUCAGGACAUGCUCACUUCCAGUGUGGUGGCCCUGACCUCAAUGCCUCAUGCUCAGACCUCCCUGUCUAUGGAUGCAGCAGCACAGCAUGGCCUCCACCUCUCUACAGAUUCGGGUGAAGAGGACAACCUGCCCCAUAAACCUGCACAGGCCAUUACCAGCCAAUCAGAGCACAGUGGAAGUGAUCUUGUAAAGCGUGCCGUGGCUUUCUUUCGUCGCUCUGGCCGCAGCAGCAGCGUGCAGAGCUCUGAUUCGCCCAGUCGUCCACCAGUUCUUAAUGGCCAUGCUCCACGUGUUUCAAGCCAUGCUCACUCUGCAUAUGUCAGCAGUGAUAACGAUUCUGAGUUUGAGGACGCCGACAUGAAAAAGGAGCUGCAGAAACUCAGAGAAAAGCAUAUGAAGGAAAUCUCUGAGCUGCAAGCCCAUCAGAGAAGAGAGCUCGAGCAGCUUUAUUCACGGCUUGGACGACCCGUGCCUCCUAGUGUGGGAUUCCCGCAUGCAGUACCUCCCACUGGCCGCCGCCGCCGAACCUCCAAAAACAAGCUGAAAGCGUGCAAACUACUUAAUCCAACCGUGCAACAGCUCAAAUCUAACCAUGCCAGCAGCCCAGCAGAGACCUGUUCCAGCAUAUCAGGAUCUCCAGCUAAAAGCUUAGUUCUAGGUAACAGCUCUGUGGCUUCCAGCAUGGCCGCACUGCAGAGUCCAGUGUCUGAACCUCUACAACCAGUCCAAACACAGCAGCCAUGCUCGCUCAAAGUCUCACUGUCCUCUGAUAACAUCUAUGACUCAGCCCCACAUGCGCUCCAAGGGCAAGGGUCAUCGCAUUGCAGUGGCACAACUUCAGCAAGCUCAGCAUCCAAUCAACCAUCAGCCCUCUCUCCUGUGGCCAUGCCUGUACCUGAUCCUCAGCCGUUUACAACACUAGCUCAGGCUCAGACUAACAACAGCAAUAACAAAAAGCGAACAUUCACUGAAGACUUGCACAAGCUGGUUGAUGAUUGGGCAAAAGAGACGCUCGCUGCUGGCCCUCAGUCCCGCCCUUCCCUUAACCAAAUCAAGCAGCUGCAACGGCAUCAGGACUUGAAGGGCAUGCCUACGCAUAUGAGUGGAGCCACAGUUCAGAUGAGGGCUUCUGUGCCCCCAAAUUUGCUGCCAUUCCAGCUGCCUCUCCCGUGCCCUCUCUCAGCUGCUCCAGGUCCCAGCGUGCCCCCUACCCUCAGUAAAACCCCCUCACCCAUUCUCCGUCCAUCAUAUAUGCUCCCCACUGGCCCUUUUGGAGGGGCGAUGCCAGCUUCUGGGUACCAAACCCAGUGGCCUCAGGUCCCCUGUCCAGUUGGCACAAUGGGGCCAGUGAACAUGAUUGGUGCAUCGGGUAUUGGUGCACCCCUCCCUCCUUUGGUUAACCCUGCAGUGCAAACCUUUCCCAUGGCAUUGAAUGGCUCGCAAAACCCCACAUGCAGAGGCAGUGCCAGAACUGUAUAACUAUACCAUCGUUACCAUAACUGGUGUUCCUCUGUAAUGCAAAGCUUUCUACUAUGCUAUAUGAGUUAGAACUAUGCCGAUCAUUCAGUGACUCCCUGGUUAUAUCUGUAACUUCCUUCUUAGCUGGUUUUGUUGGCUGGUAAAUGAUCAGUGUCUGUCAUAGACAUGCUAUGGUGUGCAGGUUCCCCAGGCCUCACUCUGAAACUGCAGUACCCAUAGUCCUGUUGCAUUGGUCCAGUGUUAUUGAUGUCAGCAACAGUCUGAAUUUGACAGCAGACACAUCAGUACAUAGCCUCAGAGCUUGUAAAUAGUGUGUAUGUUUGUGUGUGUGUGUGUGCUUGAACAAGUGCAAGUAAGUCUGCAUUUGUCUGGCCUUUAUGAAUUCUACAGCCAUAGUGAGUCAUAAUUUUAUGGUCUCUGUCAGUCUUUUUCACAACAUCUCAGCAAUCACCGUUUGCUAAGGUUAAGAUGGACAGAAACACAUUUACCAAUGGCUGCAAGAGUGUACAUGCACAAAAAUGACACACACUUCAAAGAACAAAUCAGAAAUAAAAUGAAAUUUGAUUACGUGCCUAUUUGUAAUAGGAAAUAAUCCGUACUUGAAAUGACAAAUCUAUGACUGGUAGUUACAGUUCUACUUUUUAACUGUCGGCUGAUGAAAUUGUUUGCACGCAUACACUGAGUGCUGUGUCAGACCACACUGAAGACACAGAAAAAGAAAAAGCAUCAAGGGGAAUGUAGUGCCUUGAGAGUUUAACAAUUUCCCCAUGAAAAUCUGCAAGUUAGCCUUCAAUCAAGAUGGUGCAUCCUUUUGAGUCAGUAGAAAACUGUUUAUUGUAAUAACUAUUUUUGUUUCAACCUUUUUUCAUUUUUUUUUGUUUUGUUUACAAUUUAAGGCUUUUCAGACAAAGUACCACACAAGACUCAUAGUCGCCAAAAAAUGUCUGAAAAGCUCUUUUGGUGUUAGUCCUCUCAUUACAAGCACAGUAGAAGUAUUCACAGAUCUUUAUUCCACAACUGUGACCUCAAACACUGGCCACUUGCAUGUCUUUGAUAUCUUAAUAUUGGACAAGCCUCUGUUACUGCAAAAUUUCAUUUGAUGCAGUGCUUGAGAAUGUUGUCCAUAGGAGGGCAAGUAAACUUUUUGCAUGGUCACUGUAAAGUUUACAAAAAUUCAGUCCAGGUUUAGCUUUGUUUGUAAAGCGGGGGGGUUGCGGGGUUGAAAAGCUGCGUUCACAGAGGAACACGCUACUCAAAGUAGCAGUGAAUAUGUAAGAUGGGACGGGGAGUCUGGCUUCACGUACUUAAGUGCAAUUUAACUCUAAAUCCCAAGAAAAGGAAGGGGCUGAGGAUAGCCUUGUCAUGAGCCUUAUACACUAACCAGGUGAAAGAGGAGGACCUGUGGUGACUUUAGCAUGCCACAGAACUCUGUAGCGAGCCAUACACUAAUUCGAGUGAGUUUUGUUAAGUUAUUUUCAUUUUUCCCCAUUGUGAGUUCUUUUAAUGGUGUAUGAAUUGUAUGUAUUGUAUAUUUUGAGGUAGGAGGGUGGUGCAAUAUUUAGUUUACACUUGUUAAUAUAAUUUUUUAGCUUUUUUUUUUUCCUCUUUUUUUUAAAAAUGCUGCUAGAAUGACACAGGUGGUCCAGUAUAUGGAAAAACUAAGGAGAGCAGCAUUGACUAUACCAACCACCCAAGGUACAAAAUUCAGCCCCAAUCAAAAUCUACCAAAAAUAAAACUAUAUUCUCUGCUGCUGGAUGAGAGUGAUAUAUUAUUGAGUAUUAGACAUUAAAUUACUCAUUAAGGUGUUUGUCUGGGUUUUCUUGUUUAGCUAAUGUUAAUUUUCAAUAAGGGGUUCACAUUUUUGAGAGAUUUGGCCAAGCAUACUGGUGACUUUCCUGUUCUUGCACUUCCCUCUUCCUUAAUCUGAUUUGCUUUUCGGACCAGCAUAAUUGGCUUUGGCCCUGCACACGUCCUAGAUGGAGUCACCUUUUCUUUUCUUUUUUUCUACACUGCAUUUAAACAGCAAUACACUUAGUCAAAAUCCAGCAAACUACCCAAAGGUAUAAAAUCCAACCCUACUCCAAGCCUGCAAUCUUGAUACUGUGAUGCCACUUUAUCGUUAUGCUGGGGUAUGAGGAAUUAAACCACACAAGUGCAUCCAUUUGUGACACUCAGUAGUCAGAAUUUUCUUGGUUUUUUUUCAAGUAUUUUAAAUUAGAAUAUCGAAUUGUGAUAGGGAUGGCCUAGACUCUUUGCUACACUGGAACUUUUGCACUUGCCCUCUUUUGUAAUUUCAAGUUCGUCACUUGGACCAGCAUGUUUAGGCUCUAAACUACACCCUUCAAAAUCGAGCCACAUUUUUUACCCUGCAUUCGAAGAGGUUGUGAGCCAUGGUUCUGUCAAGCUGUGAAUUAUACAGGAUGCUUGUAAUUAAUGUAUGUACAGUUAUUUUGCUUUGUAUUAUUCUUUUUUUUUUUUUCCCCCUAACAUGUUAUUCUUCCAUCAAUUCUGUGUGAAUUGGAUUUUUUUUUUUUUAUGUCGGCUGUUAUGCAGAAUAUUCUGCUGUGGAUGAAAUACUUUUUAUAGAACGAGAUUUCUGUCCUCUGUUACUUGUAUUUUUGAUCCAGUUGCCAUGUCUGUACAAGUAUUUAGCAGAUGUGGAACUGGAUUAUUUGUUGUUACCAUUUUCUACAUGAAAGCCAUGUUUCAUUGCUUCUGCUUCGAAUUGUCCAUGCAGUUCAUUACUUUCUUUAACCCAGCCUAAAAAAAGCUGCACUCUGAUCACAAAGACUGUAUAUGUUUAAUGAAAGAAAUAAAUAAACAUUAUUUUGUGCUUGAUAA